AUGGAUUUCAUUCGGGCAAAUGUCUUGCGGAGGGGUCAGACUUCGGAUGGACAGGCACAGGCCUCGCAACAACAGAGGCAGGUUGAGAUGGGCGAACAACCGAACUCCCGCACAAGACGCUUCUCGAUAAGUCGACCACCCAUGCCAUCAUUGUCUAUGGGUCGAUCGCGCACAAAUGAACAACCUCAACGGACCGAUGGCGAUAGAUCAGAAGAUGAUAGUCCGAAAACGCCACGCUUCAACUUGGGGCUUCCGAAUAUGCCCUCUACUCGUUUACAUGUACCGAACCUAAACCGACCACCAACUCGAGAUUCACCCGGGCCAAUGUCACCUGACCGGGCUGAACGACCAUCCGAACCUGCGUCACAACCCAUACCCCGAAUACAAACCGAACAGGUUCCUCCCAUAUCUGAACCACCACCUUCUCAUGGGAAUGGCAGCUCGGAAGGUGGGGACGCAGGACGCUCGCGAUUUCGAGGCGCUGAUCCGGGCGAGACUCACUUAGCCGAUCUCGUACACAGAGGGCGGCGGCAUCGCCGCAAUCCUCAAAGCCGGAGACAUGAGCCUGAGCAGGAUGGGCGCCCCAAAAGAUUUUUAUUCUGCUUCCCAUGGGUCAGAUCGAGGCGCAUACGCUCUCAAAUUCUCCGUUGUUUCGUCUCGGGCAUUCUCCUCAUUAUCAUGCUUGCUGUUUAUCUUGCCCUUUCGAUCACGAAGAACGUUAACAGCAACGAGUUUACGGUGCUUCUAGUCCUCGUCAUACUCUUUGCGACUAUUUUCUUUUGCCAUGGCUUGAUUCGGAUUUGUAUGAUAAUUAUCAAGCCACCUAAUGAUGACGAUGAAGAGCGUCCACCCAUGCCGCGAUUAAUGGAGCCUGGCGGUUAUGCAGUUCCGCGGCGACCCAUUCACGUCAUUCUUGCACGCGACGAAGAGUUUGCAGGAAAUAAUGAUACGGCAAACAAACUGGAACCUCCGGCUUACGGGCUCUGGCGCGAGAGCGUGCGUGUUGAUCCAGACCGCCUAUAUUGGCAACGCAACGAACAAGCACCCACAGAGAGUGAUGAGGAGAGUUCACAUUCAGAAGCGGGUCACGCUCGACCACCGUCUUACGCAUCGGAAGACGGCGUAUCCUAUGUUGUUGAAGCUCGUCCAAGAUCUAUAGUUCCACCGACGGAAGUUCCGCUUCCACCACACCCCUCAGAGGUUGGACGCGUCUCCGGGACAGAACUGAUAUGA